AUUAUCCCUAAAACCCUGAAAUCCCCAAAACCCAGAUUCCAAAUUGAACAUUCUAUUAAUGGCUUCUGAUGAAUCAACUAAUAGUAGUGUUGAGCAGAAACCAAGAAUACAAAUAUAUUCUACACCAAAUAAUGAGGUCACUCCUUUUUGGAAAGAGAAAUAUGAAAAGGAUGCUAAGAAAUAUUGGGAUGUGUUCUAUAAGCGUCAUCAGGACAGGUUCUUCAAGGAUCGGCAUUACUUGGAUAAAGAAUGGGGACACUUUUUCUCUGAUGCAGAGGAAAAGGUUGUUUUAGAGGUUGGAUGUGGAGCUGGGAACACUGUCUUCCCUUUAGCUGCUACCUACCCUGGUGUAUAUAUCCAUGCUUGUGACUUCUCAUCUCGUGCGAUUGACUUGGUCAAGGCACAUAAAGACUUUAAAGAGGCAAAAAUAAAUGCCUUUGCAUGUGAUAUAACAAGUGAUGACCUGGUCAAUCAUAUACCACCAUCUUCUGUCGACAUCGUAACAAUGAUAUUUGUAUUAUCUGCAGUGUCACCUGAGAAGAUGCCUUUGGCAUUGCAAAACAUUAAAAAGAUUAUGAAACCAAAUGCUUAUUUGUUAUUUCGUGACUAUGCUACGGGAGAUCUUGCUCAGGAAAGGCUUAUUUGUAAGGAUCAGAAGAUCAGUGAGAACUUUUUUGUCAGAGGGGAUGGAACUCGUGCAUUCUAUUUCUCUGAGGAAUUUUUGAAAAGUUUGUUUCAAGAAAAUGGCUUCACCUCCGAAGAGUGUGGUGUGCAUUGCAAGCAAGUGGAAAAUCGUUCUCGUGACAUAAUAAUGAAUCGGCGUUGGGUCCAAGCUGCCUUUUGUUUAGACGGUGGUGAUGUGCAGGCCCAUAAAGUUCCAAACGAGCCCGAAAUUGGAUCUGAUGUUGACAUAUCUGAAGGAUUUGCUUUUGAAAUGUUUGGCAUUUCGUCACCAAAGGAUGAGAUUAUGGAGUUAAAGUUACGAGACUGGAACUUUAAGAUCAAACUACUUUCCAAAGAGUUUCAACACACCUGCAAAUCUACUGGUUUAAUGUUAUGGGAAUCAGCUCGACUAAUGGCCUCUGUUCUUGCUUCAAACCAAACCAUAGUUUCAGGGAAAAAAGUAUUGGAGCUAGGAUCCGGUUGUGGGGGAGUCUGUUCAAUGAUUGCCACCAAAACGGCCCACAUGGUGGUCCCCACAGACGGAGAUGAUAAAGCACGAGAGCUUCUUGAAGAAAAUAUCGCUUCGAAUCUUGAAGAAUCUUUACAAUCAAAGCUACAUAUCAAGAAACUUACUUGGGGUAAUAAAGAACAUAUACAAUCGGUCAAAAAACUAUGUGGUGAUAAGGGUUUUGAUAUCAUCAUAGGGACUGAUGUUACUUAUGUAUCUGAAGCGAUCAGGCCAUUAUUUCAAACUGCAAAAGAGUUGAUUUCGAUGGAGAGAGGUGAUGAAGAGGGGUUGAGACCAGCACUUGUACUAUGCCAUAUUUUUCGUAGAGUUGAUGAAUCAUCUAUACUUUCAGCUGCAUCUUGUUUUGGUUUUGAACUCAUUGAUAGAUGGCCAGAUAACACGAAUGCGGAAAGCCCCUCCCAGAGUAUCAUCAAUAGUUGGUUUGAUGGUAGAAUUAAGGAAGAUGAUUAUGAGAAUACUGCCUUAAACAUCAUGUACUUUCAUGUCAAGUGAUCAGAUUUUUCACAAUGUUGUGCUAUAUUUUUUCUCCGGACAAGCCUCAUAAAAAGUUAAGGAACACGAUAUCUCAUUUAAAUACAUGGCGGGUAUGGAUUUUUAUUCUUUAUAAAUGUGCUUUUACAUAUUUGAUUCAAUUACUUUGUAACAAUACCGAUCACCGAUUUGUAAUGAUACUAAUUAUUGGAAAAAUCUUUCACGAAAUUCUUGAUUAA